GCAUGUUCUAUUAUGUUGGUUGUUUCUUCCUUUUUGUCUUUUCUCCUACAGGACCAACAGCAUAUCUGGAGAGAUGGAAAUGACGAGAUCAUUCUACAUGAGCACCUUUCUCCUGUUAUCAGCCUAUUAAGGCAGCUGGUGAUCAGUGCACGUCUUUACUAAGGGAUCGAGCCUGAAACACAUUUUGAGGUCCAGUCAUGGCAGGUAGAGGCAGAGGUCGUGGGAGAAGCCAGUUUACCUUCAGUGUGGACGCACUGGGUUUUGGGAGGGGUGAUUCUUUACCAACAUCUACACACACACCUUCUCCUCUUUUUCCUCCUAUGCAAUUUAGACCAGUGCCUCUGCUUACAGGAGAAGAGGUGGACUACAUGCUCGCUCUGAAGCAGGAGCUGAGAGCCUCCAGCAAGAAUCUGCCGUUCCACAUAAGAGCAGCCAAAACAAAGACAGAUGUGGCACGGUACUCUGAUAAAUACCAAAAUGGUGAGCCCAAGAACAACACAAUUGAAUGGAGUCCAGACUGGAGCCGACUGCCAAAAGAGCUUUGUAUUAAAGUACGAAAACCCCGAAAAACAUGUGCUAAGCCACAACUCCAGCGAAAACCAAAAGCAGCUGCUGGCAAAGAAGAGGUUCUCCAAAAACUAGAGACACUUGAGAAAAGAGAACAAGAUCAACAUUCAGAGGAAGAGGAGGAAGAGGAGAAGAAGAAACAGGAUAAUGAGGAGGAGCCAGAUGAGGAUGAAGAUUAUGAUGAAGAGGAGAUUGAAGAUGAGACAGACUACAUCAUUUCUUACUUUGACAACGGAGAGGAAUUUGGAGCAGAUAGUGAUGACAAUAUGGACGAAGCAGUGUACUAAUGCGGACAUCACUAACCCUAACCCUAACCACAGUUUAAGAAGUGUCUUAAUUCAGGCAUGUUCUUUGUCUCAACUUGACACAUACUGAAUCAGGUUAAUACAGGGGACUGAAUUUCAUUUCAUGACUAAUGUAAUCAAGAUCAGAGAAUCAAUGCUGCUAUUGAGAUGCUGUUUAAACGGUAUGAUGGACUCAAAUACUGCUGCUAUUCUAACAGUGUGCUGGAAUGUUACUGAAGGAAAGUUUUAAUUAUGCUUUUAAUUUAAUUAUUGUAAUUGCAAAGCUCUGCUUAGAAAGGGAACACACAGAUAUAGGAGCGGACACUACAGACCAUAUAACGUGCAUCUUAUGUUUACACCUGAUAAUGCCUUGAAUUGCAAACUAUAACUGUAUGAGAAACUUCAUCUGUUUUUUGUGUGUGACAAAAAACAUUGGGACUACUUUUUGUGAUUGUUUUUAUUUAUUAUUGUUUUAUUCUGGAGUUUGACAUUCCCAGUUUUAUAUUCACUCCCAUUACCAGUAAAUUGAAAUAAGUGGCUAAGAGUGGACAUUUUUACAAAAUGUAUUCUUUUGUGUUCCACAGAAGAAAGAAAAUCCUGUGAGUUUUGACUUGAAUGUCAGUAAAUGAUGACAUUUC